CAGACGCUCCGCGGAACCCCCCGCCGCCUUCCCCGCCCUCCCCGCUGCCGCCGCCGCUGCUUCACCCGGCGCCGGGUAAACUGCGGGAGGAGAAGAAAACGGCGCUGAGCAAAGUGGUUAUUCGAAGGCUUCCUCCUUGUCUAACCAAGGAACAACUUGAGGAACAGCUACAUCCUCUACCUGCCCAUGAUUAUUUUGAGUUUUGCACUGCUGAUCCCAGGUUUGGAGUAUCCUGCAGUGGUUGAAUUUGCUCCAUUCCAGAAGAUUUCAAAAAAGAAGCUGAAGAAGAAAGAUGCCAAAGCCGGGAGCAUUGAAGAUGAUCCAGAAUAUAAGAAAUUUUUAGAGAGUUAUUGUGCUGAUGAAGAGAAAAUCUGUGCCAAUCCUGAGAUUCUUUUGGGAGAGAUUGAGGCCAAAACAAGGGAACUUAUUGCUAGAAGAACAACACCUCUUUUGGAAUAUAUUAAAAAUAGAAAAUUAGAAAAGCAGAGAAUACGAGAAGAGAAAAGAGAAGAACGAAGGCGGAGAGAAUUGGAGAAGAAACGUCUGCGGGAGGAAGAGAAAAGGAAGCGCAGAGAAGAAGAAAGACGUAAAAGGAAAGAAGUGGAGAAGCAAAAGAAAAUUUCUGAAAAAGAAAUAAGGAUCAAGCUUCUCAAGAAACCUGAAAAAGGAGAUGAACUGGCCAGUGAAAAGCACAAAGAAAAAGGUGAAGAAGCUGACAUUGAGGAAAACAAAUGGGAUAAAUCACCUGGAUCUGGGAGUAUAAAAUCCAAGACUUUGGAGAGUUCACUAAAAGAACUUAAGGAAAAGUCACAAAAUGAUAGUGACAAAGAGCAAAGAGAUUUGGAGAGAAGAUUUCGAGAAAAAGAACCUGAAAGACAAAGGUAUCGAUUGGAUGAUGGCAGAAAGCAUAGAACUCACUAUGAGUUUGACAAGUUUAUGAGAAGGAAUGAAGAAGAUCUGAAAUGGGGGAAAGGAUACAGCCAAGACAGAGGAAAGAAAGGGAACUACAACUACAGCUUCACUGUGGAGGCAGUAGACAAACUGGGUAAAGAGGACAAGUGUGAUGACAUGGCAUCCAAAAAGGAGCGCAUAAGAAAUAAGGAUCGCCCAGCCAUGCAGUUAUAUCAGCCAGGAGCUCGCAUCCGAACACAUAUGGGACCUACAAGUAAAACCUAUGAUUGCAGUGGGAAAUCUUUUGAAGAUGCUCUUGAUAAAAAGUAUGAGGCAGAUAAUUCAGCUGGAGCUGAGAAGACUGAAAAAGGAGAAUAAAACAAGCUGGAGGAAAGUCUUGUGAAAAGGGAUGAAUUUAAGAUUCAGUGUCAUGACAAAAAAAUCCAUUGGGCUGUUUCAGAACUCCACAGGCAAUUGCACCAACAAAAUUAUAAUAGCUCUGCCUCUUACUUUCUGUAAAAUAAAGGGAAGAGUGACUGGAAAUAUAUAAAAUAUCUUUCAGCAAAGGAAUAUUGUUGCGUUUUUACAAAAAGCAGCACAAACGCUCUUUGCCUAAUUUAAAAGCAGAUCAGAUAUUUUAUUAUAUUUACCUUGAAAUAGAAAACCUCUAACAGUUUUAAAGGAGUAUUUAUAUAAGACUUUACAUAAGCUAUUUCACCUUUUCAGCUCUAAAGAAAUGAAAUGUAAAUUUGCAUCAGUUUGAAAUCUGAGGCACUUUAAAUGUUUUUGGUGCAUGACAUGAGGGUCACAGGACCCCUUCCUGCAAAGAGCAGCAGCAGGGGCUGCUGCAGGGAGUUGUGGUCGGACUCAGUGUGACUGGCCCUGGGAGGAAGCUCUGGAGCCAGUGCUGUUUGCAGGAUAAGGCCCACAGUUUGCACAGCUGUGAGGAAUGACCAUUGGUAUCUGUACCUCAUUGUGUUUACAUUGUUUUUGAAUUAACUAUAGUGUCAGAUAAGUGUUAGUAAAGUAUGUUGUUAGAGACUUUGUCAUUUUCUGAGCCACUUUUGCCUUUUAGUUUUUAAUCGAUUUCUUGUGCUUAAAAUAGCAGAAAGCUAACGCAAACCUCAGCACUGGUUUUAAUGAAUUAGCUGUUUUUUAUGGGUUUGACACUGGCUUUUGAAAAAAAAAAAGUGGUUGUACAGUGAUGAUAUUUUAUAUGCUAAUGUUUCAUAUAAGUUGCAGUUACAGGAUUUGAAAAAUGUAUGAUAAAUGAACAUUCUGCAGUUCUAUUUGUUAAAUAAUUAAACACACAUGAAUGUCAAUUGCGCACUACCAUUUUGUAAGAUCUAGGACAAAUUCUGCCCUCUGAUGCAGGCACAUGUACAUAUAUAUAUAUGUAUAUGUGUGUGUGUAUGUAUAUCUUCUAUUGGUUUCAAUGAUAGCCUUGUGUUUAUGGAAAGGCAGAAUAUGUUCCAUUUGUCUUUCAUGGCUGAAAAUUUCUCAGUUGUCUAAAACUGAGACCUGCUUUAUCCCUGAAGUUAAAUAGUAAGAUACUAAUUUAUUUUUUCAUCUUCUUUGAACAUUUUACUAGUAAGCGUAACAUCUAGUUGUUCUAGACUGAAAAAUUAUUUAUUGUAUUUUCCCAGAUACUAAACAUUAAAUAGAAUAAAAAAGAUUUUGACUAUGAUUUUGAGAUGCAAUAUUCAGCUAUUUUUUCAUCUAUUACUCCAGAAAAAUUAAGGUGUUAUUAUGCUGCUUUGUAUCCUUCAGAAGCAGAUAAAAAUAUGGUUAAGAAGAAUUUUAAUAUCAAGCUACAUAAGUGAGCUGCCAAAAUUACUUCAAGAUUAAGUAAAACUGCUGCUAGAGAAUCAUCUGGGUUUAGUUCCAUCUCAAUUAAGGAACUCUUGGGACAACUUAUCUUAUUCAGCAGAUAACUGGCAUCUAUUCCUUUCACAUCCUAGGGGGAGAGGGGCAGUAGAAAGUACUGACAGCAGGAUCUGACCAGUUUUAUAGCCAACUAACACUUGUAUGGCAACACUAACGCGUGCCACAAGCAGGUCAGGAGAGAUGGGAACAGCAAGGCAGCCCGGGGACACCAGGCGUCCAGGGUGCACGGGAGCGCUGCCCGCAGGCUCUCUGCUGAAGUGUGACCCCGAGUGGAAAAGAAAUGCAUCCUGCCAACAGAGGAAACGCCAUCGCUGAGCUUCCCCUCUCUGUGCUGAUGGCCGUCUCGGGCAGUGCUAGCAGGACCUGUGGGAGCAGGGAUCGGCUUUGGGAUGGGAGCUGCCAGCCGUAUCUUCAGGGAAGACUGCCUGCUGGAAUCGAGCAUGUAUCUCAUGGUAAUUCUGCGAAAUACAAUGACUAAAGAAUCAGAAUCACAUUUCUAAGUCCGCGGUCCAAUCUCACCUGCUCAGGAAUGCAGCAGGGCCUGAACCUGCUUCCCUUGCUGGGGCAGCUGGGCAGGAGGAGCUGCCACCUGCUCCGUGCUCACUCGUUCCUUUAUGCUUCUCCCGAUGACAACAAAUAAAUGCAGGCUCACAGCCUGCCUUUGUUCGAAUUCAGCGUGCUGUAAGAGCUUCACUGCCACAACAGUAACUUUGUUUUGCAAAUUCAGCUUAGCUGAAAGUAGAGACAGCAUCCCCACGGAAUGGGAAUUGUAUCUGAUUACAUCGCAGCUGACUUUGGUGCCAUCUGUUUUCUUGCCUUUAAAAUACAAUGUUCUACAUUUAAUAAUUAAAAAAUUUAAAAGAUUGUGUUCUACAUUUAAUAUUGCCCACUCGAUAGCUUCACUGAAUUUCUGUUGUCCUGUUUCUUGUUGAGUCCCAAAGUCUGACAUUUAGGAAUAUGGAAAUCACCCUGUCUGUCAAAUGGAGAUUGGGCUCCAUUCUGUUGGGGAAACUGAUUUGGAAUGUCAAUAUUCAGUAAAUAAACCUGCAUUUGGGCCUGA